AAAACAGAGGGGGGGAGAGAGAGAGGGGAAGGGGAGGAGGAGGAGGAGGAGGAAGAAGGAGCAGCGAAGUGAGACCGGGAAGCCUUCCUUUCACACUCACUCUCUGCUCGAUCUCAGGCGGCAGAAUCCGAUUUUUGGAACCCAUUGCCUCGCCAAAUCGAGUGGCUGAAACCCUAAUCGGUUGUUGAUUUUGGGCAUUUUCUUGGCACCUUUCGUCGCCGAUCACCCCGUCGGCGGAUUUUCAUUCCCCGAGAGAGCAAGCCCCAGCUUUCGACCCACCAAUGGCCGCAGAAGCCGCUGAUACUGUUGGCAACAUCACCAGCCCCCCGAUCGCAGCUCCCCGAUCAUCGCAGUACCACUUCGCUGAGUCGCCUAAGAGCCCCCACCAGCCCCGACAGCCGGCGAAGCCGGCCACGUCAGCUUGGAGCCACGUCGCUCACGGAGAGUCUCAGCCUGUUGUUGCGGCUGCACCGCCGGUUGAGCCGGCGGUUGGAUAUUCGUCCUCGUCGGCGUCAUCGUCGACGGCGGGGGAUGAGGUGGGGACCGAGAGCGGGACCGGAGCCAAUGGUGGGGCGGGCAAGAGGGUCCCGUGGAACAAACCGUCUAAUGGGCCUGGGCCUGAGGCUGCUGGCCCAGUCAUUGGGGCCGAUUCCUGGCCCGCUCUGUCAGCGUCCCCCAAGAGGAGUUCGCGGAAAUCUUCCUCGGAAUCAGCGAAAGUUUCGUCCGAUGGAUCAUCUUCGGUGUCCGCCCCAGCCUCGCAGGGAUCUGGAAAUGCAUCUUCUUCUGCUGCUGCUGCUGCUGCUUCUUCUUCUUCUUCUUCUUCACAGAGGCAGUUGAAUUCUCAUGGGAAUACUCAUUUAAAUGUGAAUAAUCAGAUGCCUUUGCAUCAGAGAUCAAUGAAGGGUAACAAUGGGAGCGCGACUUUAAAUGGCGAUGCUCCUCAAUCACCAGGUCCACGGAAUCCAUCACUAGACUCACAGUCGAUCAAGUCUUCCCCUAGGGAUGAUAGCCAGAGAAGUGGUUCAGCUUCAGAAAACCAUGGAGGCCAUGAGCACCAACAGCAGCAGCGAAACUCUUUUAAAACUCGUAGUGGUGGAACAUAUCAACGUGGAGAUGGUUCCCACUCUCAAAGUUAUGCAAAUAGGCGUGACCAAGAUCGUACCAAUCAAGAGUGGAAUCCUCGAGGCUUUAACCAUAAUAGAGAUGCUCGUAUGCAUCAACAACAGAGAGGUUAUCCAAGGUAUGGCAGGGUUUCACAUCCUGCAGCACCAGUAAUCCCUCCUGUUUCUGGUCAAUUUAUUCCUUUGCCACAACCUCGGCAUUUUGCUGUGCCGCCCAUGGGGGGUUAUAAUGAUAUGGCACCUCCAGUGUAUGUGUUGCCAUUUCAACAUCCGGUGAAUUUUGUCUCACCGAUGCCUCCACAUAUGGUUAAUUUUCAACCACCAGAUCCUAAUUUGUAUACAAAGAUCAUUGAUCAAAUAAAUUAUUAUUUCAGCAAUGACAAUUUAGUCAAAGACACUUACUUGCGGCAAAACAUGGAUGAGCAAGGCUGGGUUCCUGUUGCUUUAAUUGCAAGCUUCAAGAAAAUUUUGCAACUGACAAACAAUACACAGCUAAUACUGGAUGUUGUGCGUAAUUCCCCUAUGGUGGAAGUGCAGGGGGACAAGCUGAGGCGGCGUAAUGACUGGGGGAAAUGGAUAAUGCUGCCUGCUAUUCAAUUUCCUGAAGCUUCAGGUGCUCGAUCCACUGUUGAUUCUGUGGCAACUUCUGUUCAGACCCUUUCUUUGGAUGAAAGGACUGGAAACAGUGAUACUGCUAAGGCUGAAGCAGCUCGGGCCGAUACGUCAAUCGGUACGAGCAAUUAAGGAGAACUUGAGAAUGAAAUUUUUGAUCGGGAAAUAUGUGAGGAAUAUAAACCUGCUUUUACGCGAGGUAGAAAAUUGGGGGGAAGAAGAAAAUUUGGAAACUAUAGACAGGUAGGGAGAGGGGGGAUAGUGGUGUUACUCUGCUGUCAGAGUUUGAGCAGCCUACAGCACAACUUUUAUGUCUUUUUACAUUAUCUGGGAGGCAUACGAUGUGGGCUUCAUGUUUUUAUAUACCUUUCCUUUGGGGGGAUUUUGAGUACUUCCCUCUCACUGCCCCUCAGCUGGCUUUUUGAAUUCUUUGGGGGGUCAGAUUGAAUCUUUUCUUUUUUUUUUCCUGGGCGAUGAUGAGCUUACCGGAGAAACUGAAGGAAGACAACUGUUUAGGCAGCGAGCUUUGAGUUGCUAUUGCUUGAGCUAAUGGCUCUGUUAGUUCAAGAACCAUGCUAUUGACUCUUUUAACUUUUGUUCUAUUUUAGGACAUAUAUGGAUCCAUUAAUGAUCUGUACCUAUUCCUUUAUAACUUUAUGGGGGAGACUUAUGUUAUAUAUUAUGUAUGGAGAUAAGACUUGCAUGUA